AGCACUGAGGGGAGAGAAUGCCUGUUCCCCCACCCCCACCUGCCCCUCCCCCUCCCCCUACAUUUUCUGUGGCAAACACAGAAAAGCCAGCCCUGAACAAAUCUGAACAGCAUGGACGGAAUGCACUUUUGUCAGACAUAUGCAAAGGCUCACGGCUCAAGAAGACUGUGACCAACGACAGAAGUGCCCCAGUACUGGACAAGCCCAAAGGUGGAGGAGGAGGUGGAGGCGGAGGAGGAGUAGGAGGAGGAGGAGGAGGAGGAGGAGGAGGGGCCGCUGGUGGGGGGUUUGGGGGGGGAGCUCCAGGGGGUCUGGGCGGGCUCUUCCAAGGUGGCAUGCCCAAGCUCAAAUCUGCAGGGAAUAGAGAUGGUAACGAUUCUGGAGGUGGCCGAACGCCCAUGUUGCCCCCGGGAGGAAGGUCCCCAGGAGCCAGACCCAUUGGUGGCAGCAGUGGGAUCCCGCCACGGCUCCCAGCAGCACCCCCUGUGCCACAGAGCCCUGCACCUGACCCACCAAAACUCCGGGUAACCCCCCCACGCCCUCAGAUGGCAGGGGGGCCACCUCCUUUGCCCGGUACCCCACGGCCAGGCCAGAGUGGCCCUCAGAACAGAGCCCCCCCACCUAGCCGACCCCCAAACUCCGCCCCGUCUCCUCCACCACCCCCCAGCCUUCCUGGAGGGCGCUCAGGCCUACCUGCUCCACCAGGGGCCCCCCCUUUCAGCCGCCCCCCGUCUAUCCCCGGACCCUCCGCCCCCAGCAGCCGCCCCCCUCUCCCCGCGGCCCCGCCCAGGCCCUCAGAUGGGCCCCCUCCGCCCCCGCCAGCCCAGAGCAAGCCCCUGAGCUCCCCAGGGUCCCGGCCUCCCCCCAGCUGUGCUCCACCCCUGCCCCCCAGCAGACCCGGCCCUCCCCCACUGCCUCCCACCCCCCGCAGCAAUGGACAGACCCCCAGGCUACCUGACAGGAACCAGUCCCUAAACUCCCCUGCACCCCCGUCAGGCCACUCCGGCCCCCUGCCACCACCUCCCAGCGAGAGACCGCCCCCUCCUGGCAGGAGCCCGCUCGACUGCAAAGGUCCUCCACCUCCUCCUCCACUUCUUCCUCCUCCACCUCCCCUGGGCAGGACAGAAGGGUGUGUGAGGUCAUCACCUGGCCCUCCUGGAGCAGAUUCCCCCCGAGGAGGACACAGACCGCCCCUCCCACCUGACAGGACCUGUGGUGGAGGUCCCUCACCCCAUCCUCCUCCACUAAUGGGAAACGAAUGCCAGAAUUCCCACGGCAACACCAUGGAUGAGUGGGAGGUCAGGUUCCCCUUCCACCCCCUGUCGGAUCUGCCCCCACCAGAACCCUACGUCCCAUUCCAGAAGACGUACCCCAGUAAAACCGGCAAGACUGAGCUCAGAGGUCCAGGUAAAAAGGACAGGGGGGUGCCUCCGCUGCCCCCCAUCCCCAGGUGAAGGGGGCAUUCUGGCCCACUAACCUGCAGCCCCGCCUCCAGCCCUAUCAAAGACCGAGCCUGCUGCUUCCUCCCUCACUUCCUCUUGCUCUGUAGGGAAUCAGUAGAGAACAUGGCCUGCUUCCCAUGGCUAAAGGAGAUGCUGGAAUUCUCAACCACUUCACCUAUUCAACAGUGCGUUAAAAGAAGUAGCCACCGAAACUGAACUGCAUACAAACGUAAAGGACAUGU